GUUACUACAACAGUGAAGUGAAGUGAAAUUAAAAAUGCCGCCCAAGACUAGUGGUAAAGCAGCAAAGAAGGCCGGAAAGGCACAAAAAAAUAUCACCAAGACCGAUAAGAAGAAGAAGCGCAAGAGGAAGGAAAGCUACGCAAUCUACAUUUACAAAGUACUCAAGCAAGUACAUCCCGACACUGGUAUUUCAUCGAAAGCCAUGAGCAUCAUGAACAGUUUUGUAAAUGAUAUCUUCGAAAGGAUUGCCGCUGAAGCUUCGCGUUUAGCUCACUACAAUAAACGCUCAACAAUCACAAGUCGGGAGAUCCAAACUGCCGUGCGAUUGUUGUUGCCUGGUGAACUUGCCAAGCACGCUGUUAGUGAAGGAACUAAGGCAGUAACCAAAUACACAAGCUCGAAGUAAUUUAUUUACUGAAUUUCUUCAAUAAAUGGCCCUUUUCAGGGCCGCAAAAA